CACGGUACUACGUUUCCCAGAAUGCUACUGUUGAGGCUCGCUGAUGACGCGAAAAUGAUGCGGCUGUAACCUUGUCUUGAGGUGCUGUUGACAGAUGCGGACCCAGCGUUAAAACUAUCUUUACUGGGUUUGGGUUUUCAGUGUUUUCAUCAGCAGCGAUGAGCAGAUAUAUUCUACCGGUUUCUGUGUUCGGAACCGUGGCCGGAUGCGCUGUUUUAAUCAAGAACCAUGUGACUGGAGGCCGGUGUCCCAGUAAAGCUACGAUCAAAGGGAAGACCGUAGUGGUAACAGGAGCUAACACAGGCAUCGGGAAGGAGACGGCCCGAGAACUGGCCACUAGAGGGGGUCGAAUCAUUAUGGGGUGCCGCGACAUGGAGAAGUGCGAAACGGCGGCGAAAGAGAUACGAGGAACAACCCUGAACCCUCAUGUUUAUGCUUGUCAUCUGGACCUGGCCUCCAUGAAGUCUAUCCGAGAGUUUGCAGAGAGAAUCAAUCAAGAGGAGAAGCGUGUGGACGUACUGAUAAACAACGCAGGGGUCAUGAGGUGUCCAGGCUGGAAGACGGAGGACGGCUUUGACAUGCAGUUUGGGGUUAAUCAUUUAGGCCACUUCUUGUUGACAAACCUCCUGCUGGAGAAGCUGAAAGAGUCAGCCCCCAGCAGAGUAAUCAACCUGGCCUCACUCGCCCACAUCGUUGGAAAGAUCGACUUCGAGGAUCUGAACUGGGAUAGGAAGAAGUUCGACACGAAGCAGGCGUACUGUCAGAGCAAGCUCGCCAAUGUUCUGUUCACCAGGGAGCUCGCGAGGCGGUUAAAAGGCACUGGAGUGACGGUAAAUGCUGUACACCCCGGAGUCGUAGCCACGGAGCUGGGGAGACACACCGGUCUGCACCAGUCACAGUUCUCCAGCUCUGUGCUCAGUCCCUUCUUCUCCAUGCUGGUGAAGAGUCCUAAGCUGGGCGCCCAGCCCAGCGUCUUUCUGGCCGUGGCCGAGGAGAUGGACGGGGUGACGGGGCAGUACUAUGAUGUGAUGACUGAAAAGGAACCGGCACCCCAGGCCCUCGAUGACGAGGCAGCUUGUCAGUUGUGGGAGGUCAGCAGCAGACUGGUGGGUCUGGAGGAAGGAGGACAACCGAGCCUGGCAAAGCCAUCAGCAGACACUGAAAGCAAAGCUGGACUGACAGAUCCAGCACAGACACUGGGACAAAACCCAGAACAUGGCAUCAGGACUGUUGGAGCUUAGAAUAAUUGAUCAGGACCUGUUCCCAACUGCUACAAACACUUAUAUGUGUGAGGAUAUAAAUGUGGACGUCUUUAUAAUAGCAGCCAUUUCUUAUUAUGUCUUUGUUCCUGGGUAGGAACAUUUGUUUGUCUCUGAGGAGAACAUUGAGCUUGAACGUAUGAAAUAUUUAGUCGUCUGAACUUAUGAAAAAACGAACACAAUACACCGUUGAUUGCAGCAGAACUCUCAGGGAUUUAAAUCAAUACACUGAAUUGUCUCUUGUUUGCCUUGUAGCAGAAAGUUGACCAGUAAAGGAUAAAGUCAUGAAGCCGGUAAAAGUUCACUCUGCUAA